AUGCUGAAGGCGUCGCAGCACCCCGAGUACGACGUCCGCCUCGAGGCCCUCGGCGUUUGGAUCUCGUGCUCCGGCCAGCCCGACUCGUGGGGCCCGCUGCAGGCCGCGCUGCCGCAGCUGGUGCCGGUGCUAGUCACGAACAUGGUCUAUUCCGAGGCGGACUACAUGAUACUGGAGCCCUCGCAGGUCGAGAACGACAACGCGAACGUUCCAGAUCCCCCCAAUUCCAUAAAGCCACGGUUCCAUGCGGAGUCAAAGAAUAUUGACGGUGACGAGGACGAUGAGCCUGCCGACAAGUCAACUCACGGUUGGACAGCCGACGAGUGGACCGCUCGAAAGGCUGCAGCCAAGUCGUUGGAUUGUAUCUCAGCCGUCUGCCCAGAGCUCGUGGUACCACUUGUGCUGCCACAGAUAGAGCAGAAGCUAAACCACGCUAGUUGGGAGCAUCAGGAGGCCGGCGUGCUUGCGCUUGGCGCCGUGGGCGUCAACUGUCAGAACAGAUUACAGCAGUUUUUGCCCGCAGUCAUAAAUUUGCUGCUCCGACUAUGCGACGCACCCCAGCCACUCCUUCGUAGCAUCUCCAGCUGGUGUGUGGGUCGUUUUGGACUUUGGAUUUUUAGCGAGAGCAACGCGUCGCGCCAGCAGGUAAUCCCUUCUGUUUUGAAGGUCAUUUUGCCGCGAUGCCUUGAUCGAAACAAGCGCGUGCAGGAAGCAACGAUCAGCGCAUUGAUGUCCCUUGAGGAGACUGGGAAGGCCCAGCUGGUACCAUAUUUGAACGACAUAGUUCAGACGCUGGUGCAAGCGCUGUCCCUGUAUCAGGUAAGAAACCAACAGAUUUUAUAUGACACCGUGAACUGGCUGGUCUGGGGAGUAGGCACCGAGCUGGACAAGCCGCAGUACGUUCAGGGCCUUCUGGACGUGGUAUUCCAGAAGUACGACUUAACUCCAGACACUGAUGUGCUGGCGUUACCGCUGUCUGAGUGUGUGGCUAGCGUGUGCCAGGUGCUCUGCAAAGGGGUUGCCCAGCGCAUCCCCAAGGUCAUCAUGCGCUGCGUGCGGAGCAUAAAUGACACAGCAAUGGCCGUCAAGAUGUGGGAGCAGAACCCCAACGAGUUCGAGCGGCCAGACACUGACAUAAUGUCCGCGUCGGCCGACGUUCUCUCGGGCAUACUAGAGGGACUGCAGGAGCAGGCCCCUCAGGCCGCGGCGAGCCUAAAUUUUCUCGCUGGCAUCGCGCUAUGCUUGCGGUCCCCCUCUGCGCGGGCCCGGCAGAGCGGAUUCUGGCUGAUGUCGGUGAGUGCCACACACUGUUUCCAGCAGCUGCAGCCGCUGUUGCCGGAGCUCCUGCCGCUCAGCGCCGCCAACGGGCUCGGCCCGAAGGCGUCCCCGACGGUCAGCAUCAAUGCCUGCUGGGCCCUCGGCGAGGUCUGCCAGCGCGCGCCGCCCGAGGCGGUGAGCGCGCACCUGGACCCCAUCGCGACGGCGCUGCUGGCCAUCCUGCAGAGGAGAGAUGUCAAGAAUUGGCAGGUGCAGGGGCACGACCAGCUCCUCGCCGCCGUGUGCAUCCUGCUCAACCGCCUGCGCCAGUCCACCGCCCUCGGGCAGCACUGGCCCGCGCUCUGCGCCCAGCUCUCCCCGGAGCUCCGGGCGCAGCUGGCGCAGAGGUGCUCGGAGAGAAUCAGAAGCACAACGGUAACAGGAAGAAGCGUAUGCACAAGCAUCAUAGAAGUGAGACUAGGAGUUGUAGGUCCUUGUAUGGGGCCAUUCUAA